UCGACAGCAGCAACAUUCCUGACCAGGACAUCAGUGAAUGCGAUUGGGAGGGGCGGACGGAGCAGCAGCAGCAGCCUGGGGUCUACAUCCUCUCUGCAGAGAGUCACUGCUCCCCCACCUCUAACACCUCCUACCCUAAAUCUUCUCCAUGUGUUUUUAACGGCUUUUUCAAGGAACCGGAAGCGGCAAAACGAAGUGAAGUUGAGGGGGACACCGCGUUAGCAGCGUGCUGGCUGUUCUUGUUAGUAUUUCUUCCUCCUUGCCCCGGUAUCCCCAGUAACCAGGAAAAUUGCUUGGUGUAGCUGUAUCGGAGAGAAGGCUCGGGAGGAGGUGAAACUGCGGGACAGGAUGACUGAUAAAGACACGGCGACAGAGAACAUAAUAACAGGUCUGAUAGUGGGGCAGGCCUGACUGAUUAUCACAGAUGAGACUGCAGUGACAAUAUGCAAUGGCUAAUCCUUCUCCAGCAAAGAGCAUGGGCGACCCUGGAAUCACCCCUCUGUCUCCUUCACACACUCAGCAGAAUGACACAGACCAGGUACCAUCCGGGCCAUCCUUUGAUGUGGUUGUUGCCAUUGACUUUGGCACAACGUCCAGCGGUUAUGCUUAUGCCUUCACUAAGGAGCCAGAGUGUAUUCACACCAUGAGGCGUUGGGAAGGCGGGGAUCCUGGUGUGUCCAAUCAGAAGACUCCAACCACGAUCCUGCUGACUCCAGACAGGAAGUUCCACAGUUUUGGCUAUGCAGCACGUGACUUCUACCAUGACCUGGACCCUAGCGAGUCAAAACACUGGCUCUACCUGGAGAAAUUCAAAAUGAAACUCCACACCACUGCAAAUUUGUCCAUCGACACAGACCUCCACGCAGCCAAUGGGAAGCGUGUGAAAGCUCUGGAUAUCUUUGCAUAUGCAUUGGCCUUCUUUAAGGAGCAAGCACUAAAGGAGCUGAGUGAUCAGACAGGUGGUGAGUUUGACAACAAUGAUGUGAGAUGGGUGAUCACUGUUCCUGCCAUCUGGAAAAUGCCUGCAAAGCAGUUCAUGAGGGAAGCUGCCUAUAAGGCUGCUCUGGUGGCCCGGGAAAACCCAGAACAGCUGAUCAUCUCCCUAGAACCCGAAGCUGCUUCAAUUUACUGCCGCAAACUCCGCCUCCACCAGAUGGUGGACCUUGGCACCCACACCACCCAGAACGGCUUCAGUCCCACUGACAACGUGGGGAGUGGAAUCACCCAAGCAAAGGAGCAUGUUCGGCGCAACCGGCAGAGCCGCACCUUUUUGGUGGAAAAUGUCAUAGGGGAGCUUUGGUCGGAGCUGGAAGAAGGUGACCGCUAUGUGGUGGUAGACUGUGGUGGAGGAACAGUCGACCUGACUGUCCAUCAAAUCCGUCUUCCUGAGGGACAUCUAAAGGAGCUCUACAAGGCCUCAGGUGGUCCCUAUGGCUCUCUUGGGAUUGACUAUGAAUUUGAGAAGCUGCUGUGCAAGAUCUUUGGCCAGGAUUUCAUUGACCAAUUUAAGGUCAAGAGACCGGCAGCCUGGGUGGAUCUGAUGAUUGCGUUUGAGUCUCGGAAGAGGGCAGCAGCCCCAGACAGAACCAACCCCCUCAAUAUUAACCUGCCCUUCUCCUUCAUCGACUACUACAAGAAGUUCAGGGGCCAUAGUGUGGAACACGCUCUCCGCAAAAGCAAUGUGGAUUUUGUUAAAUGGUCAUCUCAGGGUAUGCUGAGAAUGAGCCCUGAUGCCAUGAAUUCCCUCUUCAAACCCACCAUAGACCACAUCAUUCAGCAUCUCACUGAGCUGUUUGAGAAGCCAGAGGUCAGCAACAUUAAGUUCCUGUUCUUAGUGGGAGGUUUUGCAGAGUCUCCCCUGCUGCAGCAAGCUGUCCAGAACAUGCUCCAGGGCCGUAGCCGCAUCAUCAUACCCCAUGAUGUUGGCCUCACUAUUCUAAAAGGUGCUGUGCUGUUUGGCCUGGACCCCAGCAUCAUUAAAGUUCGCCGUUCGCCCCUCACAUAUGGGGUGGGGGUCCUCAAUCGGUUCGUGGAGGGGAAGCACCCACCAGAGAAGCUGCUGGUGAAGGACGGCACACGCUGGUGCACCGACGUCUUUGAUACCUUCAUUGCUGCCGAUCAGUCUGUGGCACUGGGUGAGAUGGUAAAGCGGAGCUAUACACCAGCCAAGCCCUCACAGCAGGUCAUUGUCAUUCACGUAUACUGCUCGGAGAAGGAGAGUGCGGCAUUCAUCAGCGAACCCGGCGUCAGGAAGUGUGGGACACUACGCUUGGAUGUGAGUGGAACGGAAAGCACGGCACCACGGCGUGAGAUCCAGACGCUCAUGCAGUUUGGUGACACAGAGAUCCGGGCCAUGGCACUGGAUGUGUCCACAGGACGCACUGUCAAAGCUAGCAUUGACUUUCUAAGCUGUUAAGAAGGGAAUAAGAGCUAAUGUUACAAAAUGGCUGAAUGCAGUAGAGAUGGGUGGGUAACUGUGGGUGGUAGACAUGUUCACCUUGAACCCGUGCUGACAUUCUACUGUAGAAUCUGUGCCUGCGUCUGAAAUCACUCAUUCAUUUGUUUGCAAUUUUGUGAUGCUAUCUAAAUGUAUAGUGAUAUUUACUUGAACCUAUAUAAUGACUCAAAGUAUGCCACAAUACAUCAUGAAAAGUAGUGUACAACUAACUAAGCGCUACACACCAUCAUGCAUUGUGGGGAAGGGGGAAAUGAAUUACCCUGAUGGUGCCCAAAAGUGUUUUUAUUGGAAACUCACCAUACAGUCCUCUAUAUAGAACCCCCUUGGUAGUGAGUAGGGAGCAGUGAAUGAGUGGGUGAUUUUGGACACAGUCGUGUGUUUCAGGUCCCUGUAGUUAGCUGAGGAACUCCAUAGUGUUCACACAUUGAUACCAAACCCAUAUACUCGGUCCUGAAGGCUACAGCUUGUAAAGGCAGGUUUAAGAUCUCCUGGAAGGAAAGAUUAAGGCUUCUACACUGUUGAUAUUUGAUCAUUUCUCAGCCUUGAUCAAGUGCAUCUCUACAUACUUCACUUUCUCUAAUGAUUUCUGUCACAUUACAGAGGGUCAUUGUAUAGCUGUGCACUGUAAACUACAUUUUGAAUAUAAAAAGGUCAUAAAACCUUGUCAUCAAGCUUGGAUGGACUUCAUACUGUUCAUGUUCAGAACUUACAUCAGGUCCACCUCACUCUAGGUGUCAAUUUUACACCAGUGGUUUUGCACAGUGUCCUAAUACAUACAUACUACAUUCUCCAAAGCAUAUCAUUUCAUCUCAGAUUGAUUUUAUACAAUCCAGAAAGCCAUUGGUAAUAGAAAUCCACUGCAAUCAUGUUGUCAGUUUUUUUUUGUAAUCAUUGCAUAGUUGACUAUAGGACAUUUUUGACCACUUGAGGGCUGUGAAACAAGCUGACAUCCACAUAUUCUCACCUUCUAAAGUUAAUAUGCUAACAUGUUAGCAAAAUGACUGUUUGCAUUCAGGAAACAUUGAGCACCAUUAACACUGUUUCAGUGUCAUGUUCGUAUCCACCACAAAAAGUCCAGUAGUUACUUUAUUUUGAGAUCUGUUUUUGGUUUCCUCCAACACUGGAGAAAGAUUUCUGUCUCUGUAGCUGCUGAAUGCUUCACUUGGUCACCAACUAUUCUUUAUCAUUGUCUGCCUGCAGUUUGGUAUGGGGAACAGAACAGACCUGAUUCAGUUUUGUUGUCAAAGGUCAAGGUCACUCAUCGCAUCCCAUUCUUGUAAAUUUAUUUACAUAUAUAUUCUAGAUAUUUCAGAAAUGCUUCAAUGGAGUUUCCUCAAAGUUUGUGGUGAAAGGUCACUGUGACCUCACAAAAAACAUUUUUGGCCAUAACUCAAGAACUCAUACAAUGAUUAUGAUGACAUUUACGGCUAACGUGAUGACAUUUGACAUCCAAAAAGUCAGACAUUAAAUGCACUGUGACAUGAUGAUAUGCCCCUAAAAAUGUUUGGCCCAUUAUUCAAUGCCACAGCUCAGGAACAGCAACUUGACUGGUACGCAAAAGCAUACAACCAAAAGGCUGUGAUUCUAGUUUGAAUAGAAAUUAUAAAUGUACUGAUAUUCAACCAAUGUGGUCAAUGGCAAGUCAAUAUAGAACUGCAUGCUUUAGGGAAUAACGCAAAGUACAUUGGAUCUUUAAUAAAGAGGCUACAUCAAACAAAACCACUUUAAGAAUAUCCACAGUUCCAUCUGUAUCCAAGAAUGUGAAAGAUGCUGCAGGCUAAAUCUGAAAAGCAAGUCCAGCCAUCUAAUGUGCUUAAUUGUUGCCUUGAUUCCUUUAUGCUCCUUUGAUUAUUAAUUGCAGACUAAACGCCACUUGCCCACUUGGAUAUUUUCAAUCCAAGUGUGACACAUGAUGGAGUAUGGUUAUAUAUGUAAAUACAGUAUUUAAUAAAUAUUGUAGAGAUUUCUAGCAUUGUUUCAGCAGCUUUGGAAAUGUGUGUGUGUGCACGCGCGUGUGUUUGUGUGCUUUCAUGUGGACAUCUCUCAACCUUUUUCUUCUCACCAGCCAUAACGAGUGGCCGAGGCAGCUUUGAUCGCUGUACUCAUUUGAGUGGAGGGAUUGUUCCUCUUUUCUUUUCUUUUCUUUUCUUUUCUUUUCUUUUCUUUUCUUUUCUUUUCUUUUGCAAUCACAAAAGAAACUUGAAUACCUCCGUCCUUAAAAAGCAUUUCAAUGAACAAGUCUACUGUUAGUUUUGAAAUGGUAGCAGUAUCUGAAUGUUUCCAGUGUCCCGUUCCAUCCCAACUGCAGUACAAGUGCUGUAUGGGUUUCAUAAUGUUUCAGUGAACAAAUAUAAAGACAAUACAUUCAACCUACUGCGAAGAACUUGAGCCAUUGAAUUUAACAGAAAUUGUUUCUGCGUUAAAGACUGAGACAUAGUCAGCAAUAAUAAAGUAAAAAGCCGUCUGUCCAGAUGAUAAUGAGGAGAGUGCCUAGUAUGUUUAAAAUGUGAUGAUGUCAAGAUUCACUCACCCUAUGAGUUCUCAUUCAAUGUUCUUAGCUUUAUCUAUAAGUGUGAAUUCAGAAGUAAUCACUGAGCAUCACACUGAUUCAAUGAAGGCCUUUUCCACAUGGAAGUGUUCAACAUGUCUGCCAAGCAUCCUCUGGAAAAAAAUGUUCUCACAUUGACCUAAAGGGGCACUGUAAGAACUUUCAUCCACCUCUGUUGGCAGCCAUGAGAAACUGCAACAACAUUAGUGGAAACAAUCUCAUUGCCCUUGGGCCAGUUUGUGGAUGUAGUGACCACAUCAUGUCAUGGGUACCAUAACUUGUGGCUAGGUUAAAGCAACAUUAUGUAAGAAUGAUGUAAGAAGAUUAUGUAAGAAGAACGUUACAUUAAGAACUAGCUACAAACAACUAAAAGUCCACUCUACAUCAAAACUCAGCACAUCAGGACAAUGUUAUGCAUGUGGUGACAUUUCUGUCUUGAAGAGAUUCGAGGCAGGGCAGACAGAGGACAUCAUAGGGAAAGACCAGAAACCAUUGUCUCCAUAAAAUAUGAUCCAGUUUCAACAAAAUCACUGAUGUUUGGUGCUGUGUGUGAUGUGCAGCUGUGAAGCACUACGUGCUGUGAUCCUGCCUACUCACUGAAGUUACAAGUGCAGAAACAAGCAAUAUGGAGGCUGAGACAGUGACACCAAUCAUCAUAUUACAAGUCACUGUUACGUUAAAAUGAUUUUGAAGCUGUUGUUUUUAAGGUAAAAUAGUUACAAAAUGAUGCUUUAAUCUAUGGAAAAAUGUUGUAUUGGUGUUACUUCUCAAUAGGUGCAAUAGCUAGUGUGACAGCUAAGAAUUUUGUUCCUGCAAAGGUGAACUCAGAGUCAGUUUGCUAUUGUCGACAGUGCAAAUUCAUGUGUGAAGGUCACAGUAUGCUUCAAAGUUUAUCUGUUGUUGGUUUUUGUAGUCUGGAUGCAGUGCAAUAAUAUGUACUGUUAGGGAACAGGAACCCCUCAUGAUGUGACAGCAGUAGAUUCCAUCACCAUUAAACACUGUGUCACAAAGCCAUGACUGUCAGAUUGGAAAGUUACAAAUAAUGUGUUUAUACAUUCACUUGAUUUGAAGCAUCCUGACAUCCUCAGAGUUCACCAAAGCUGAAUUUGACACAAGAGCACUAUGCAAACAAACUUUGCCUCCAUGAUUGAUUUUACUGAUUCUAUUUGAAUGUAUCUGAUCUCAUCUAUCUAAAUUAAAUUAGUCCAGAAUGUUGCUGUAGAUUGAUGCUGGUUUAACCCAACCCUUACCUUUGCUUCAGCAAAUCCUGCUGGGGCAAUCAUAGUUUGAAACCACCAGUUCAAUGUGUAACCACACACUUGUUAGUACUUAUUUGGCUUAAAAAAGGGCACAUUAAUGUUUCCAAGAUUUUGAUAUGUUGAUAAUGCGAUCUAAUAGCCAGUUUAAAGCAAUUUUCUUCUAUUCUUUAUUUGAACCGUGAAUCAAAGCUUAUCUCCUUUUUCAGUGUCAAUGUACAGAACUGCACACUGCUGUCUUCUGCACUCUUUCUGCAAUGCAUGUUUUGCAUGUGUCACAUAAGGAUGACUAAACAGCAACAAGUAACAAACAAGUUGAAUUCUGUUACUAAUACACAAGAUGAAGAUUUGUCACAAAUGAUGAUGAUGGUAGUGUUUUGUGGAAUAAACUGUGCUCCACAGUCUUCUCAAAGUGUUGGAGCCUGGCUGGGCUGUCGUAAAACCCUGCUGCUUUCUGAGCUGAUGUAGUUGAUAUUAAUGCUCGUAACUGAUGGCAGUUCAUCUCUGACUGCCAUAGCUGGGCGGCACUUUGCAUACUUUACUGAUAACUAACCUAAUAAUCUUUUAUUCUUGAUACAUGUCUCUGUACUCACAUAGAGGGAUAUACAAUGGAAGGAUCUAACAACACCAUGUUGUAUUGUUUCCUUGGUUAGAUGAUUACAAUGUCUUUUGUGGAACCUUUAGUAUCAUGCGAUGCACAUGAUGCUGUUAUGUAGCAGCUUUGUACCUAUGAUAAAAUUAUAUGAAGACAUGUUUAGCUGACAUUAGCGGUCUAUUCUCGUCAUGUGAGCUGCAUUUGACGUUUCAGUUAAGAUGUCAAAUUUUUGUGUGAGUCUCAAAUAAAGUGAUUCAGUAGGUUCCAUUUGGGGUUGCAGAUAACGCAAAGGAGUUGCUAUUUUUUUUUAUCUUGAGUUACUCAAAUGUCUUGUUCUCUUGCAGUUUUCCCACAGUAAUAAGUGUAUUUGGAUCAAUACCAGGCAUUCACUGUCACCAAUAAAAUGUAUAUGUAUUUAGAAGA